CUGGCUGGGGUGCGCUCUGAGGAGGCCUCCACCACCGGGAAUCAAGUCAAAGCCAGCCUCCACCACGCUGGCUUUCUGUAAUUGGGAACUGCGUAUGGGCCCGAGGGGGCCCAUUAUGAAAACACCUAUUUUCACAGACUCCCAUCCACUCCAAACAACUGGUGCUCUGGCUGAGGAAGACCCAUGAGAAAUUGACAUUUUUUCCCCCUGGGUGACAUUGAGAAGACAGUAUCAUGACUGGGUGGCUUUCUAGAAGAUGACCAUAGAGGACCUUCCAGAUUUUCCAGUAGAAGGAAAUUCUUUGAUCGGAAGAUACCCCUUUUUAUUUCCAGGUUCUGAGACACCAGUUGUUUUUUCCAUUUCUGCAGCACCAAUGCCUUCGGACUGCGAGUUUUCUUUCUUUGAUCCUAAUGAUACAUCAUGCCAGGAAAUUCUCUUUGAUCCCAAAACUUCUGUAUCAGAAUUAUUUGCCAUUUUAAGACAGUGGGUUCCUCAGGUCCAACAAAACAUUGACAUUAUUGGCAAUGAGAUUCUUAAGAGAGGCUGCAACGUGAAUGACAGAGACGGACUGACGGAUAUGACUCUCUUACAUUACACUUGCAAAUCUGGAGCUCACGGUAUCGGUGAUGUUGAUACAGCUGUAAAAUUUGCAACUCAACUUAUUGAUCUGGGAGCAGAUGUUAGUUUACGGAGUCGCUGGACAAAUAUGAAUGCUUUGCACUAUGCUGCUUAUUUUGAUGUCCCUGAGCUUAUAAAAGUGAUAUUGAAGACAUCUAAACCAAAAGAUGUAGAUGCCACUUGCAGUGACUUUAAUUUUGGAACAGCUCUGCAUAUCGCUGCUUAUAACUUGUGCGCAAGUACUGUGAGAUGCUUGUUGGAGCUUGGAGCAAAUCCAGCAUUUAGGAAUGACAAAGGACAGAUCCCUGCUGACGUGGUCCCGGACCCAGUGGAAAUGCCAUUAGAGAUGGCCGAUGCCGCGGCGACCGCUAAAGAAAUCAAGCAGAUGCUGUUAGACGCGGCGCCCCUGUCGUGUGACAUUUCAAAGCCCCUGCUUCCGAACUGUGACCGCGUCACCAGCAAGGCGAUGCUCUCGUCCCUCGGUCUGAAGUUGGGGGAUCGUGUCAUUAUCGCAGGACAGAAGGUUGGAACAUUAAGAUUUUGUGGAACAACUGAAUUUGCAAGUGGGCAGUGGGCUGGCAUUGAGCUGGAUGAACCAGAAGGGAAAAACAAUGGAAGUGUUGGGAAAAUCCAGUACUUUAAAUGUGCCCCCAAAUAUGGUAUUUUUGCACCGCUUUCAAAGAUAAGUAAGGCAAAAGAUCGAAGGAAGAAUAUAGCACACACUUCUUCUGGAAAAGCUGUGGCUCUCAUCAGGUCUCAGAAAAUUGAUGUAACUCACGUAACGUCAAAAGUAAACACUGGAUUAAUGACCUCAAAAAAGAGUGCUUCUGAAUCAACACUAUCAUUGCCUCCUGGGGAAGAGCCGAAACCUGUAACAGAGAAAGAUGGUACCCUGCUUGGCUCCAUCAGCAGCUCCUCCUCCACCUCGUCUUUGGAACACAAACCGAGCUACCCCAAGAAACUGAAUGCACGUGGCAAUAACAAGAAGACAAUGAGCAAAAGCCCGUCUGUCUCCUCUAGAGCCAGUGCUGGGUUGAGUUCCUCAGGAGCCUGUGUAGCAAUUAACAGCCGCUGUGCAGGAGAGCCCCACCUCGGAGACCGAGUGCUGGUGGUGGGCCAGAGAGUUGGCACCGUGAAGUUCUUCGGGACAACGAACUUUGCUCCAGGAUAUUGGUACGGUAUAGAGCUUGAGAAACCCCAUGGCAAGAAUGAUGGUUCAGUUGGAGGUGUGCAGUACUUUAGUUGUUCUCCAAGAUACGGAAUAUUUGCUCCCCCAUCCAGGGUACAAAGGGUAACGGAUUCCCUGGAUACUCUUUCAGAAAUUUCUUCGAAUAAACAGAAUCAUUCUUAUCCUGGUUUUAGGAGAAGUUUCAGUACGACUUCUGCUUCUUCCCAAAAAGAGAUUAACAGAAGAAAUGCUUUUGCCAAAUCGAAACCCGCCCUGCGCCGCAGCUGGAGCAGCGCCACCAGCGCCGGGAGCCUGGAAGGGAGCGUGAAGCUGCACGAGGGCUCCCAGGUCCUCCUCACCAGCUCGAACGAGAUGGGGACCGUUAGGGUGAUUUGGUCGGAAUAUUAUUAAGUGCUUCAAAGUGUUCAGGUGCAGGUAUUUGCUGACUCUGAACUCUGAGACCUUGCAGUCUUGGUCUGAGACGCUGGCACCCUCCUCUCCAGAACCGUGUACCAGCCUCCUCACGUGUGAUUUUUCUUCUUGGUAUUUGCCAUCCUUGGUCAUGUUAGACUUCUUGCUUCUUAUUUUUCUCCUCUCUCACUCGAUGGAGGGAGGGAUUUGACUAAUUCAUUGCUUUAUCCCUGACACCUGGAGUAAUACGGGCACCAAGUAGAUGCUCAGGGAAUGCUUGCGGAAUGACCGGGGGCCGUGAAGGCCAUUGAAAGUAGGGAGAUUAGCUAGCUAGCUUCAGACAGGCGGCCUCAAGAGACCAGGCCCUGGGACAGGUAAUUGUGCUGGACAAGGAAGGUUAGAAUCGUGGGAGUCUAACUUGCAGAGAAAGAAGGAUGCUCAGGCUGAUAAGAGAAGGGGAGGGAAGAACAGCAGGGUCACCGGAGGCACCUGCCUGUGUGCUUUCCCUGGGACGGCUUUGAAUUUCUGUUCUGGUGGGACCGUAACUCCGAGAACGUCUUCCUAUGUAAGGUCGAAUACUGAGGAGUGUGCGCAGCGUUGGUCUCUGGGGCCAAACAUUUUUAUUUCAGAGUUUCAUUUUGGGCCUUUGUCCACUUAGAACAUGUGAUAAUAUUACUUAAGCCACAUUGACGAAUGGCUAGAGACCCAAGGUGUUAAGAAUCUUUCUUAAUUAAGAAAUGAAUCUGGUAAUUGUAACUACUCACUGGACAGUUUUUAUCUAAAUGUUCGACUCUGAGACAUACUGUGUAUCACCACAUUGCAAGCCAAUAGAAUUUAUUUUUUAUUUUUCUUCAUGCCCUGUGCUUUGCUGUACUUAAACAAAUACAGUAGUUAAUACGAAACUCACAACGUCACAUAUAUUUUCAGUAAUUAUUUAACAAUAUCCCUUGAUACAUCGGCUGUUAUUUACAGUGUCACAUUCAAGCUGCUUGAAUAUACAACAGACAGUUGCUAAUGAUGCUUGUAGGCCGAACAAGUUAAAUAGGACAUGUUAAGAUUUUAUUAUAAGCAGAAUAUUAUCCCUUUCCAUAGGCAAAAAGGAUUUCCUUUACCAAAAUUUUUGCUAAUGCUCCUUUUCACAGGAGCGGCGGGGGUGGGGGGUGGAAGCACAUGCAUAGGAAUUAUGGUCGGUGAGCACGCGUUACAGACGGGGCUGCAUCUUCAUUAUGCUCUGCAGGAAUGACGCCGAGUUUCUGCUUACGGCCUCUCCCUUGCAAAGAGGGGUACCAAGAGGUAUGGGAGCCCCACCCCAUCUUGUUCCUUUAGACUGUCUUACAGUGAAGAGAAUUUUCACGAUACAGCAGCAACAAGUUUCAACAUUUUCAUCAUUUCCUACCCAGGGAAGUGUAGGGGUCACAGUUGGGGUACAGGAGACUGUGGAGAUCUGAGUUAUAUUAGCAAAGGUGUUUCUAGGUGUUUAAAUUGAGGCCCUUCGCUUAAAAUAAAAUCUGUUCCUAAAGAUGACUAGUGUCAUUUUAAAAAUGCCCACAAAUCUGGCAUAAAUUCAGCUCUAAAAUCCUAAAUGAACCCAGGCAGACAAAUUUGUUAUUCCUGUAGGUAUGACUAUUUACCUGCAUGCAGGUCCCUGCGGGCUUUCUUGUCUAGAGGCGUGUGGUCUCAGGAUUGGGCAUUCUAUCAAAGUUGGUAGAACUGGGUAGAGGGAAUGGAACAGGGAGUCUCAGAAAUCUACUUGUCCUGCACUGAAAUGGAAUGUUAGGCAUUUCUAACAUGUAGGAAGUGUAGACACCCAGAAGCUGCAACCUCCGAGCCAGUCCCCUAGAGCCCACGGUCUUCCGGCAGAGCUCAGGCUGGCUUUACUCAAGCUAGACUUACCUCCUGGAGGACGGAACUCACUGUUCCUCACCUGACAAGUCAAAUCAGCCUGACAAAGAAAUGAAUCAUGGUAAAGUCAUGCACAAAGCUUCCAGCAUUCUCUUCCUACUUUUUCUAAUAUGACUUCUGAGAUUCAGCUUAAAUCUCGGUCCACAGUGUUCCAGAUACUGACUGUUCCUCACAGUUCUCAUCAUGAAGGAUAGGGGUCACUCUCCAGCAUCUCUGGCAAAAAAAAAAAAAAAAAAAAAAAAAAAAGUCCUAAGGUGGAUCUUCAAAUGAAUUUCAGUUGUCACAAAAAGUCCCAUAUUGAUGGCAGGGCAAAUGGAUUUUGCAUUAGAGACAACAGAGAAGACUAAAGUGUCAAACUUCAGUCCCCUUCACUGAACCUGCUAAAAAAAAGUGAGUUUCUAAAAAUAAUUCCAGUAGAUUAUACAUAUGAGUUUAAAAAGUUAUAAUUUUCUCAAGUGCUCUUUCCCUUUUCUUGAAGGGAAUAGAGUUUAGGGAAUAAAGAAAUCACAGGAAGUUCCAGGGCACCUCACUUCACGCUGCCUGUUGUGUGACCGAGGAGAAUUCGGGUGAUGUUCUGCAUGUUUCCUGCCUUGUAUGAAACUUCACUAGCUGCUCACUGGUGCACACGUGAGCUAGAAGAAUCUGUCUUUAGUAUCACUCUAUUUCUUCUGGGAACUGUGAAAUACUCCAUAAAUCUUAUUUGGAAUAACGCAAACAGGCUUACGUUUUUAAAAUUUUUUCUCUAGUAUUAGGAGUACUAACAUGUAGAAAAUUUGCAGGCAAGUCUUCACAAUCUUAUCUUUUGGUGGGAUAUCUGAAUGGGCUUUCUUUGAGGAUUCCCUAUUUCUAGGUCCACUCUAAAGCUCUAUUAUUUACAACAUGUUCAAAAAAUUGCCAUCCAGUUGCUGUGAGUGUGUCUGUAAACCUGAAAAGAGGGCUUCUCUCUAGUCUGUGUAGCUGGGGGAGAGGAAUCCUGUUAUGAAUGAAUUCCUUAUCAUAAUGGCACCGUGACACCUGCCGAGGGAUGCCCGGCUCUGCAGACACCUCCUGUUCUCAAACUGGUCACUCAUUCUGGGCUUUGUAUCUGGCUCUGGGAAUGGAGACUGCCCAUUGAUGGACUGGAAGUGCAUCUGACCUGUUGUGAAAUGUCAGGCGUGGAAAACCUUCCAGAGAUAAGUUUUAUUGUUCUACUUUGCCAAUAAGUCUGCAAUUGUAGCAGACAUAAAAAAGAGAAAUGAGUGUUACGCACCGAAGGCGUGAAGGUCAUUCAAUUCUCUUCGUCCUGCAGCUUUUCCUGCUUUCGGGAAACCACCCCAUUAACUUUUUUGCUGUGUUAAUAACUUUAUGAUUUGUUAAAGAGAUCUUUGAAUAGAAUAAACGGAGAACUGAUACUAAACUUCUUUCUGGUUUCUUUCUGUAUAAAGACUAUAACUUGGCUCACUGGGCUGAUGCACUGAAUUAAUCAGCUUUGGCUCUAAAUGUACGGAGAAUCAAGAGUCCAGGUGCCUAGAUCAA